UCUACCUAAGGCUUCUGAGAACACUGCAAGAGUGCUGGAGAGAGCACACCCUUCUUUCUCUUCCUGCCGAGCGAGAUGCCCAAAGAUCAUCCUUGGUUCCCAGGAGAGAAAAUACCCUCUCACCCUGCCCCAGGCACCAGGCUGCCAGCCCAUCUGCUGGGGAGAAAGAAGGGACAGAGUUUUUCCCAGUAAUCCUGGAGAAUCAAUUGGAAACCAGUGCUUCCAGAGAAACCCAUCUACUAGACUUAGAAGACAUUUCAGUUCACCCGGGAAAUCAGUGAGGUGGAGCUGAACACCGAGAUGGACUAGGGGCGACGGUCAGGGCUGGCACAGCGGGAUGGGGUCCUUUAGUCACCAUGUGUCGAGACAGGCUAAGCUGUUCAUCCGUGCCCACCCGCCCGCGGGAUGGUAGAAGCGCCCCCCUCCCCGCGCCCAGUCUCACCGGCUCGGAGGCGCCAGAGCCCCCCCGGGGGCCGGGGCGGGCCGGGGAAGGUAAUGUAAUUCUGGACCAGCUAACCCGAUUACCGCGGCCUGCACCGGGCAGGGCGGCGGCGGGGGCGGGUCUAAACUCAGGGGCCCGCCCGGCGGGGGUCCCAUCCCGGGGAAGGACGCAGAGUUCACACACUCCAAGCUUCUGGGUCCGCGGCCGGAGGUCACAAGGUCACCGAGAGGCUUCAGUCUUUCCCCCUCCUUCUUUCUCUGACACGCUCUAGGCACAUUUUCUGGGCUUGGUUGGGGUUAAGUGCCCAUGGGAAAUGAGGCGCCACUGAUCCUUCCAAGGCCUCAGUAAGGUCUCACGUGUCGCCUGUGGCGAUUUCACCCUCCCUCCUUUGUGAGGGUUGGGGGGAGAAGAGUGCGUGAGAAUAGACUUCUUAGGCGAAAAUGGUCUCACGCCGUGGGGCCCUCUGCGUUUGCGGUGUGUGUGGGGAGGGUGUAGAACGCCAGCCCAAGCUUCCACAGGCCCGAGUUGGCCUGGGUGGAGCCGUGGGUCUGCUUUACACUGAUUUCAGAAAAUCGAAAUGCUAAGAAACAGGGCACCAAUUACUGGUGCACACGGACCGGCCUUGCUGGAGAGGCCAGAAGGUGCACCAGAAUCUCCAGCCAGAGUAGCUGUUCCCCGCCCUAGCCCACCGGACACGCCUUGCUACCCUCUUCCCACACCUGUCCUUUUCUCGGGCCUCCAGCUCGCCAGGCGCCGUUCUUACAGAAGAAGCGCCCAGCCACUUCUUACGCAGCCAGGAAACCACAACGAGAUUUGGUCUUCGAGGGCACUUAGGCAGAGGCUACAACGAAUCCAGAAGUUGUCAAGCAGUACGCAUCGAGAGGUGAAGAAUGGGGGGCUGGGUAAAGAGGCACCUCUGGAGGAAGCCGGUGAAGAGGCUGCAGCCAAAAGGCAGAGGCCAGCGAGGAUGGAGGCGAGGUGAGCAUCUCCGCUGACUCAGCUGUGCACGCUAGGGCCCCUCCCGCGCUGAUUCUGGUUCCUAACACUCUCGCCCCCUGUCUCCCACCCACCCGGAACAUCUCCGCCCUUAGGUCUUCCCCCACGCUUGGCACAAACAGACGUCCCUUCCCCUUUAACGGCCGGGCCCCGCCCCUGCCCUAUCACCAGCCCCCAUUACCCACCCGGGGCCGAUCUGUCAGUCACUGCCCUAGCCCGACUGUCCAACCCUCUCGGCUAAGCGGCCCCGGCAGCCCAGCGUCCAUCUGCGCUUCAGAGUCAGCAAGGAAGCUCCUGGGGCCCCAGCUGGCCGCCCUUCCCGGGAUGCGAGUCCCCGCGCAGACGACGGGCAGCGGUUGGCAGGGGCGCGGCUGCUCCGAGUACACCGCGAUGCUGCGGUUCUGGGGGCCCCGGCGCCCCGCCUUGGCCAGCCCAUCAGGCCCCUGAAUCUGCCGUCAGGAGCGCGCCACUGCCAGGUUCCUGGAGCUGCCCACGGCAACCCAACCGACAACCUUCCUGAGGUUCUCCCUGGCCCGGACCCAUGGAGCCGGCGAUGCUCGUUCCACACAACCUUCCACACCACGAGCCAAUCAGCUUCGGCAUAGAUCAGAUCCUUAGCGGCCCCGAACCCCCCGGGGGCGGCCUAGGCCCGGGUCGUGCGGGCCAGGGUCAUGGGGAGAAUGCGGCGUUCUCAGGUGGAUUCCAUGGAGCGUCAGGCUACGGUCCUGCGGGCUCGCUGGCUCCGCUACCCGGCAGCUCUGGAGUGGGCCCGGGAGGCGUGAUCCGCGUCCCUGCUCACCGCCCGCUGCCUGUGCCACCGCCCACUGGAGGUGCCGCUGCAGUGCCAGGGCCCUCGGGUUUGGGAGGCGCCGGGGGCCUAGCUGGACUCACCUUCCCCUGGAUGGACAGUGGUCGCCGCUUUGCCAAGGACCGGCUCACUGCCGCGCUCUCGCCCUUCUCCGGGACGCGCCGCAUAGGCCACCCCUACCAAAACCGGACCCCCCCGAAGCGGAAGAAGCCGCGCACGUCCUUCUCGCGCUCGCAGGUGCUGGAGCUGGAGCGGCGCUUCCUGCGCCAGAAGUACCUGGCCUCGGCGGAGAGGGCGGCGCUAGCCAAGGCCUUGCGAAUGACCGACGCACAGGUCAAGACGUGGUUCCAGAACCGGCGCACCAAGUGGCGGCGCCAGACGGCGGAGGAGCGUGAGGCCGAGCGGCACCGCGCGGGUCGGCUGCUGCUGCACCUGCAGCAGGACGCACUACCGCGGCCGCUACGGCCGCCGCUGCCCCCGGACCCUCUAUGUCUGCACAACUCGUCUCUCUUCGCGCUGCAGAACCUGCAGCCCUGGGCCGAAGACAACAAAGUGGCUUCUGUGUCUGGGCUUGCCUCAGUGGUGUGAGCGACGCUUGAGCAAUCGGCCAAGCGCUCUUUUUAGGACUGUAGAGGCGCGGGGAGCGCCGAGCCCCCGGAGCCGUGGAGCGCGCGACUCCCUGCGCUCAUGGUUGUGUGGCAGCCGAGCGUGAGGAGCAGCAGGUCUUGAGGCUAUCGUCGAGGGCUAUGCAGCCACCGGCGGGGUCCCAGGCCGGCCUUGCACAGAUGCCGGGCGCUCUCCGACACUGCUUUUCCCGCCAUUUCCCACUUAACAGCUGGUACCUGAGG